AAAAUAUCUCGUCUUAACAACUCCCUAUAAAGCUACCACUACACCCCCAAAGUCGGAGACAAGCAGCCAAUCCAAACAAGCAAAGCAUCCCCAAAUUCCCCGAUGGAUCGUCGCCUCCUCCUCCUCCUCGGCCUCCUCCUCCUCGUCUCGCCGGCGGUGGCCGUCUCCGGCGACGAGGAGGAGCCCCUGAUCCGGCAGGUGGUCGGCGGCGGCGACGACGAGAACGAGCUGGAGCUGAACGCGGAGCGCCACUUCGCGAGCUUCGUGCAGAGGUUCGGGAAGGCGUACAGGGACGCCGACGAGCACGCGUACCGGCUGUCCGUCUUCAAGGCCAACCUCCGCCGCGCCCGCCGGCACCAGCUGCUCGACCCCUCGGCGUCCCACGGCGUCACCAAGUUCUCCGACCUCACCCCGGCCGAGUUCCGCCGGACCUACCUCGGCCUCCGCACGUCGCGCCGCGCCUUCCUGAGGGGCCUCGGCGGGUCGGCCCACGAGGCACCCGUCCUCCCCACCGACGGCCUCCCCGACGACUUCGACUGGAGGGACCACGGCGCCGUCGGCCCCGUCAAGAACCAGGGAUCGUGCGGGUCGUGCUGGUCGUUCAGCGCGUCGGGGGCGCUGGAGGGAGCGAACUACCUGGCGACGGGCGAGAUGAAGGUGCUCUCCGAGCAGCAGAUGGUCGACUGCGACCAUGAGUGUGAUUCAUCGGAACCAGAUUCAUGUGAUGCUGGAUGCAAUGGUGGAUUGAUGACUAACGCCUUCAGCUAUCUUUUGAAAUCUGGUGGCCUUGAGAGUGAGAAGGAUUACCCUUACAGUGGGAGGGAUGGAACCUGCAAAUUUGAUAAGUCGAAGAUUGCUGCUUCAGUUCAGAACUUCAGUGUUGUUUCUGUUGAUGAAGAUCAGAUUGCUGCUAACCUUGUCAAACAUGGCCCACUUGCAAUUGGCAUCAAUGCUGCCUACAUGCAAACAUACAUUGGUGGUGUGUCGUGCCCUUAUAUCUGUGGCAAGCACCUUGAUCACGGCGUUCUUCUUGUUGGUUAUGGCUCAUCCGGUUUUGCUCCGAUCCGCCUGAAGGAUAAGCCCUACUGGAUCAUCAAGAACUCGUGGGGUGAGAACUGGGGAGAGCAUGGGUACUACAAGAUCUGCAGGGGCUCAAACGUCCGCGACAAAUGUGGCGUGGAUUCUAUGGUCUCCACCGUGACUGCCAUCCAUACUUCCAAGGAGUAGAUUAUGAUCAAUAUAGUACACUGACCGUCCUGUGGAUGGUUCUUAGCUGGUGAUUCCGAUAUAUAUAAGCUAGAACUAUGAAAUAUGCUCUUAGUAGUUAUGCUCCAUCUGCGCUGUUACUGCAGUUAUAUAAGCAGCGAUGAUGUGAAGCUGCAACUGAAUGCUUGCUCUAUAAGUUAUAUGCUUGGUUUGCUACGCUAUGCUACACGCUAUUUGGAGGUAGCUUAAAGUAUUAUCGCCAUUCACGAACUUGUAUUUUUACUCGUAACAAUCUUUUGAAUGGUUUGUAUUAUAUGCAUGUAGUAUGUUUCCAUCGAACAAA